AUGGGCCUGUCUCGCGCCUUACUAGCGCGACUCACAUUCAAUCCCCCACAAUCUGUCAUACAACACUUUUGCCGUCAAAUAUCCCGCUUAACGAUCACAAAUACGAGCUUUCGUCGGUCACAUUCGCACUCGCUCGUCGCCCCCGACUUUGUGCUUACUGCUCGCGAUGCGACAAACUCGGGGCUACCCCCCGGGAUCUCUACCGUCCGAGAACUCGAGUGGAUGGUGUUUCGUCAUAAUGCAUUUUACUAUGCCGUAGCCGCCUUGUUCACUCUGCUCAUCUACGAAUACUGUAUCACGUUCCACAAAGAGGUUCAAUUCAUUUGGCGGGCCAAGUCCAAGUUUACGCUCACCAAUUGCCUCUUCUUCCUCAACCGAUACCUCCCCAUCUUUCGUGCCGGCAUCUUUCUCUUCUUCUCCUUUUUCCCUCCUAGCAACCCACGAACAUGUACACGCUUUACGGACAUCAAUUCUUGGUGCACGAUGCUCUCCGUUGCCACGGUUGAAAUACUCAUGCUUGUUCGCACUUGGGCAUUGUACUCAAAGUCGCGCAAGGUGGGAAUCAUACUUCUCGCUGUAUGGCUGGUAGCGCUGGGAGGAUGCGUCGUUGUCGUCAAAUCCUCUAUCAAACCGAUUCCUGGGGUCAUUCCUCUCGACCCCAUCUAUAUCAAUCCUUGCGACAGACCGUCGCCCUAUAAGUAUUUUAUCACUUAUGUCAUCGUGCUCUGUUUCGAACUGUUUAGCUUUAUCAUCAUGAUGGUCCGCAUCAACUCUCUUGCAUCCAGAACACCAUCUACCAAUGUCCGCGGCCGUGUACGGAGGAGUGCACGGCCUCUUAUCCCGACCAUCCAGAAGCAUGGUCUCUACUACUUUACCUGCGUUGUUUGUGUGAUGACUCUCAACGUCGUGGCGUCCUUUUCGAAAUCCCUGUCGAGAGUAGUCAUCAACGCGGGCAUGGGCCCGAUUAUUGCCUCCAUUGCGUGUAACCGAGUCAUCUUCGCCUUGCAUGGUCUAUACACCGAGAUAGACCAUGGUCCACGCUCGGCAAUAUCUUCCUUCAAAACCGCCAAACCUCCGAGCGGAAAUCAGAACCAUCUCCAUGUCGCAGAUAGCGGCCCCAGCGAGACGUCGAUUAAAUACGACGACGAAGACAUUGCGCGAACUCGACAGGACCUCACAACGAGGGACCUCGGAGUCAACGAGUACCGUAGACCCAGCCUGCCAAACGACCUUCACGAGAUGGAGGCUGAAGGGUAUGCGGAGAAGGGAAAUACAUCGUCUGGUUCACCAAAAGAUGGCGUCCUUUCGCCCAACUCAAUCUCCAACUUUUCUGCUCGGCCGCAGUUACCUCUCCACGGCCACCAUACAAGCUGGAGCACCACCCAAAGCUCCAAAGAGUUUACAAGUGACUCGAAGAGUACGAGCAUUCUCCAUCGUUCACGGUCAACUGCGCCAACGAUCGAUUCACAAACGCCGCUUCAUCGCGCCACGAGUUCCGACGCGCAUUUACCCAAGUUGAAUUCUCCAUUGCCCCCUUUGGAGACUGGGGGACGAGAGUCGUCGCGUGGUCAUAGGAGCUCGUCAUCGUUUGGGACUGUCGUACGGUCACUUUCUCGAGGCGCUCCGAAUCGGGAUCCUGGAGCAAUGGAAGCUGGACUUGGGACGGAGAUGUCUUCUGGAGAAUCGUCGACGGGCGGCAAGCGUCCUCCAUGGUGGCAACGUAAUGUUACUCCCAAGCGAGAUGAAGAGUUGGAGACAAAGGCAAAGGAUAAAGGUGUCGUCAAGGGUCGACCAAGAGGUCGGGAGCGACACCCGCUGGAUCAUCAGUAUGAGAUGGAUACGAUUCUUACCGGUGGUUCUGGAGAUGUCUCGGGGUCUGGAGCCCUACGGAGACGCAGAUUCGACCGUUGGAGAUAUCUCAGAUGA